UUUACAUAAACACUGAUUCCCACAGGAGCCUCACACUCAGAGCCGCCUCUGCUCCUUUUACACACUUCCAUCCUCUACAGUCCGUCUGUACCUGUGGGACUUUUACUUCAGAAACGCCGGGGACUUCCUGUCUUGGACUACCUUCACUCCAUUGCUACUAACUCAUCCAUCUGCCUUGAGUCUACCGGUGGACUAUGCCCCCCUCGGCGAGCUGAGGGAGGGGGCUCUGCGCCGCUCAGGGCUCCCGUCCGGAGAAAACUUGGGCAGAGAUCAAAGGGGAGACGCUUCGGUUAUUGCUGAAGAUGCAAACUUCAACUGUCUCACCAGUGACCAACACUUCAAACACAACCACCACUACAAAGACCAAAGAACAAAUACUCAUCCAGAGCUCCGGGGCCAUGAUUGCUGUCAUCGUCAUAGGCAUCAUCAUCAUCCUCGCUGUUAUACUGCUCAUUCUUAAGACAUACAACAGGCGCACGCACGCAUCGCGGGUCCUGGGCGUCAGCAGCAGCUCCAAACCUCGUCCGAGGACGUCGCAGUCCACGGUCCAGGGCAGCGUGCCGCUGAACACCAUGGGAGUGCACUCGGUGUCGGAAAACAUCACGGGUCCAGCGCCGGCCUCGGAGAACGAGCCCCGGCUGGGCACGGAGAUGAACAGCGCCGAGGGGAACCGCGCAGAACAGUUCAGCACCGCGAGUGGAUCCAGUGUGGUUACAAUCCAUGACACAGCGGCGUCAGAGAACACAUAGCCCCCAACACAACACAACACAACACAACACAACACAACACAACACAACACAACACAACACAACACAACACAACACAACAGGAAUUGACUGAUGUGUUGUCUCCAUCUGUGACCACAUGCUUCGUGCUGACUGAAUCCCCUGGAAACCCAAUGUGUGACUGAACCACUGCUGAUUACAACAUGGAUCGCAUGCUGAACAAAACAGUACAAAGACAGAGACGAUGAAGGAUGAUGAGGAUGAUGAACGAUGGGAGAUUUUUGUGACGAAUUUCUUCUUGGCUACAGUCAGUGUUCAGUACAGAUGCCAUACAUUUCUCACUGUACUUUUUUGUUGAUGCUGUUAAUUACUAAUACAAUGAAGUAAAUGUGUAGUAAAGACUGAGAAACCUGUGCUGGCUCAUGAGUAAAUGUACAUAUAAUACAAACCUUUAAAAAAAGCCAAAAACAGUAUGAAGGAAACUAUUUCAGUAUAAUUCGUAAAAUAUGUUUAUGUUGCAGAUGUUCUCAAAUUAUAAUGUAUUCCUUAUUAAAUAUACUUUAUCUGG